AUGUCUUAUUAUAUGCAACUAAGAACACAGGAUACUCCGCAUCCAAGACAAAAGACAAUUUCCAAGUCAAACAGGGCGAAUUGUGAAUUGGGAGGAAAUAAGGUUGCUUCUUGCAGUAUAGUCCAAGAUAAUUUUAAACCUCGUGAUUCAAGGCUUCAAGUUGCGCUUUGCGUUUAUGAUGAAUAUGAGCGAGAUUUGCUACUAUCGUCUAUUUGCAAUGCAUCGGCAUCAUAUGACAUAAAUUUCGGUUACGAAGAAGACGAUGGCCCUCACAAAUGGCCAGGUGUAUGUAACACUGGUGCGCGACAAUCGCCAAUUGAUAUAUCAUCAUCUGCAAUUGUUGUAGAAAAUCUUCCACGAAUCCAUUUUGUGCAUUACGCUCAUGCAGGAGAACUCCAUGUGGAAAAUAAUGGAUUAACAUUAAUUGGGAAAGGAUUUGAACAAUGGAAUCAAAAUCAGCCCUAUAUUUAUGGCGGCGAUUUAAACGGUAAAUAUUUUCUUCAUCAGUUUCAUCUACACUGGGGACAAACCAAUUAUACUGGUAGUGAACAUACCAUUGCAUCUCUUCAUUAUCCUGCUGAGAUGCAUUUCGUUCAUAUCAAAGGGGGCAAAAACUUGAGUGAACCGUUUCUGGAGAAUGACUCUAUUGCUGUAGUAGCAAUUUUCGUUAAACUUGGGAUAGACGAGAACAAUUUCCAGCCUUUGGAGGCUUAUAUCAGAAAUAUAACUGAACCAGAAUCGGAACUAGAAGUACCAAACUUUCGAUUGAUACAUUUUUUGCCUCGUGAUCUAGAAACUUUUUAUCGAUAUGAUGGCUCGCUUACUACACCACCUUGCUCUGAAGCCGUUAUUUGGACUAUUAUGGCUGACCCUAUAACAAUAAGUGCUUCACAGGUCUGA